AUGCGUCCGUACACAAGCAUGCGUCCGGACACAAGCAUGCGUCCGGACCCAAGCAUGCGACUGGACGUGGACGUGGACGUGGACGUGGACGUGGACGUGGACAUGGACAUGGACGUGGUCGUGGACGUGGACGUGGACGUGGACGUGGACGUGGACAUGAACGUGGACGUGGACAUGGACGUGGACGUGGACGUGGACGUGGACGUGGACGUGGACCUGGACGUGGACGUGGACGUGGACGUGGACGUGGACGUAGAAAUGGACGUGGAUGUGGACGUGGACGUGGACGUGGACAUGGACGUGGACGUGGACGUGGACGUGGACGUAGAUGUGGACGUGGACGUUGACAUGGACGUGGACGUGGACAUGGACGUGGACGUGGACGUGGACGUAGACAUGGACGUGGACGUGGACGUGGACAUGGACGUGGACAUGAACGUGGACAUGGACGUGGACGUGGACAUGGACAUGGACGUGGACGUGGACGUGGACAUGGACGUGGACGUGGACAUGGACGUGGACGUGGACGUGGACGUAGACGUGGACGUGGACGUGGACGUGGACGUGGACAUGGACAUGGACGUGGUCGUGGACGUGGACGUGGACGUGGACGUGGACGUGGACAUGAACGUGGACGUGGACAUGGACGUGGACGUGGACGUGGACGUGGACGUGGACAUGGACGUGGACAUGGACGUGGACAUGGACAUGGACGUGGACAUGGACGUGGACGAGGACGUGGACAAAUGGACGUGGACGUGGACGUGGACGUGGACGUGGACGUGGACGUGGACGUGGACAUGGACGUGGACAUGGACGUGGACGUGGACGUGGACAUGGACGUGGACGUGGACGUGGACGUGGACAUGA